AUGGCGUCCCCCGCUAUCAAGAAAGCUAUCACUGAGGCCGCAGCUCAGUAUGUCAAGCCGGAGGGAAAGGUCUUCCAGUAUGGCACUGCGGGGUCAUUUUUGUUUUCCAGGCACUUGGAAGGAUCAGCCCCGCCUCCACAUACCCCGCGAUCGCCAUUUGUUUACACCUUGAUCAGUGACGUCCUCAACACAGUCGUCUUUGCUGUGGGUUUACUCGCUGGUCUUCGUUCCAAGAAGCUCAGUGGACAAUGGAUUGGUGUCAUGAUUACUGCCAGUCACAACCCCGCAGAGGACAACGGUGUCAAGUUGGUUGACCCCAUGGGCGAAAUGCUCGAGGCGGAAUGGGAAACCUAUGCCACAAAACUCGCCAACGCUCCUCUAGACAAGAUCGCAGAUGUGUACGAAGAGCUCAUCCAAGAGAUCGAUAUCAGCAUGGAAAACCCGGCCCGCGUUGUCUUUGCUCGGGAUACUCGUGCCUCUGGUUCUCGCCUUGCCGGCGUUCUCAAUGCUGCGCUCACCGCUACUGAGGUCGAGUUCCUCGAUCAGAAAUUCAUGACCACCCCCCAGCUCCACUAUGUUGUUCGCUGCAAGAACACGCUGGGAACACAGUACGAGUACGGAGAGCCCACAGAACAAGGAUAUUAUGAAAAGCUUGCCGAGGCUUUCAAGCGAGUCAUGAGGGGUCUUAAGGUUAAGGGCUCCUUGACCGUCGAUUGCGCAAACGGUGUCGGUGGGCCUAAGCUGAGGGAACUCCUCAAGUAUUUCCCUAGCCCUGAGGAGGGUGGCAUUGAUAUCAAGGUUGUCAACGAUGAUGUGAUCAAUCCGGACAGCUUGAACUUUGAGUGCGGUGCCGAUUAUGUCAAGACCAAGCAGCGCGCUCCUCCUUCGUCUAAGGCGGCUAUCCUUGACCGUUGUGCCUCCUUGGAUGGAGAUGCUGACCGUCUCGUCUACUAUUUCGUCGAUGAGAGCAACGUUUUCCGUCUGCUUGAUGGCGACCGCAUCGCCACUCUUGCUGCUUCCUUCCUUGGUGACCUUACUAAAAAUGCCGGCAUCGCACAGAAGCUUAAGAUUGGUAUCAUUCAGACCGCGUAUGCCAACGGGGCCAGUACGGAUUACAUCGAGAAAGUGCUCAAGCUUCCCUCUGUCUGCACCAACACUGGCGUGAAGCACCUUCAUCACGCCGCAUUGCGUUAUGAUGUUGGUGUCUACUUCGAGGCUAACGGCCACGGUACCAUCACUUUCUCCGAAAAUGCUCUCAAGAUAAUCAAGAGCACUGAACCUCAGUCUCCAGCUCAGCAACGUGCUCUCGAGUGCCUCCAGGGCCUCACCGAUCUGAUCAACCAAGCCGUUGGCGAUGCCCUCUCUGACAUGCUUCUCGUUGAGGUAAUCCUUGCCCACAAGGGCUGGACCCCUAAGGAGUGGCUUAGCACUUACACAGAUCUUCCCUCCCGCCUCGUCCGUGUGGAGGUCGCUGACCGUGGGAUCUUCAAGGCCUACGAUGCUGAGCGUAAGCUCGAGUCACCUGCUGGCCUCCAGCUCAAGAUCGAGUCGCUGCAGUCUCGCUACAACAAGGGAAGAAGCUUUGCGCGCGCAAGCGGUACCGAAGAUGCGGUACGUGUCUAUGCUGAGGCUGCCAGCCGCUCUGAAGCCGACGAUCUCGCAACUCGUGUUGCCAAUGCUGUUCGUGAUGCCGGCGCUGCUAAGGAGAUCCUGCAAUCUUAA